AUGCCAGACCAAAAGCCCCCAAGCAUCAAGACCAGCAACCUUUCCUACGCCUUCCCAGAUGGCAGCGAAGGUCUCCAAAAUGUCAACCUAGACCUGCCAGCAGGUGCCCGAUGCCUGCUAAUUGGCGCAAAUGGUGCGGGCAAGACCACACUGCUCCGCCUUCUCUCCGGGAAACGCAUGGCCCCAGCAGGAACCGUGAGCGUAGCAGAAAUCGACCCAUUUGCUACAGGCCUGGAAGGCGUGACCUAUCUCGGACUGGAAUGGGUGUUGAACCCGAUCGUGAGAAGCGAUAUAGCUGUUCCGGAACUGCUCAAGUCGGUGGGCGGAGACCAUUAUCCCCAGCGUCGCGACGAACUCGUCAAGAUUCUGGAUGUAGAUCUCUCGUGGCAUCUUCAUGCCGUAUCAGAUGGCGAGAGAAGACGAGUGCAGCUCUGUAUGGGACUUCUGAGACCAUGGACGGUCUUGCUACUCGAUGAGAUCACUGUGGAUCUGGAUCUUCUGUCUCGACACAACUUCUUGCAGUUUCUGAAGAAGGAAACUGAGACGAGGAGUUGCACGAUCGUGUACGCUACCCACAUUCUCGAUAAUUUGGCAGAGUGGCCUACUCAUCUAGUGCAUAUGGCAUUGGGCAAGGUCAAGAAAUGGGGACCUUUGGAUUCAUUUGAGAUUCCCAAGACCGAUGGUGGAGCGGAGGGGAAUAGCCGCCUGGGCCAACUGGUGAUGGUGUGGUUGAAGGAGGAUCUGGAGGAGCGUGGUCCGCGGAAUGCACGUGGUGCUGAGGGGCUUUCCUACAUCAACCAUACGGUAAACAAAGGAGGGUAUGGACAGGAGAAGAGGCCCGAGAAGUGA